AUGGCGGAGAAAUUCUCACCGACUUUGAGGCUCGGAGAUCUCAACGAUUUCAUUUCUCAGUCUCAAGCAUGUGUUGUGUCCCUCAAGGGUACCAAAAAAACCGUCGACAAGAAGCCUGACCGACCCCAGGUUUUGAUUACUCCAAAACAGCUUAUGGAACCAGUCAAAAUUUCUCUUAAGGAUUGCUUGGCUUGCAGUGGAUGCAUCACAUCAGCUGAGACAGUUAUGCUUGAGAAGCAAAGCUUAGAAGAGUUCCUCUCUGCUCUUAGCAAAAGCAAGGACGUGGUCAUGUCUAUUUCCCAACAGUCGAGAGCCUCGCUUGCGGUUCACUAUGACAUCUCUCCUCUUCAGGUUUUCAAGAAGCUGACUACGUUUUUGAAGUCCCUGGGAGUUAAAGCUGUGUUUGAUACAAGCUGCAGCAGAGACUUGGUGCUUAUUGAAGCUUGUAAUGAGUUUGUGAACCGUUACAAGCAAGCUAAUUCUGAAGAUGGUGAAAAUCCUAAGUCCCCUCUCCCUGUGAUUUCCUCCGCCUGUCCUGGAUGGAUAUGUUAUGCUGAAAAGCAGCUUGGCUCGUUUGUUCUGCCGUAUGUAUCUUCUGUUAAGAGUCCUCAGCAAACUAUUGGAGCUUUGAUCAAACACCAUCUGUGUCAAGCGUUGGGACUCAGGCUGGAGGAGAUUUACCAUGUGACUGUGAUGCCCUGCUACGAUAAGAAGCUCGAGGCAUCCAGAGACGAUUUCGUCUUUGAAGAUAAUCUGACUGAGGUUGAUUCCGUGCUAACAACUGGUGAAAUUAUGGAUUUAAUAAAGUUGAAAGGAGUCGACUUUAAAGAUCUGGAGGAGUCUCCACUCGACAGAUUGCUGACGAAUGUUAAUGAGGAAGGACAUCUUUACGGUGUAGCUGGUGGUUCUGGUGGUUACGCGGAGACAAUAUUCAGACAUGCGGCAAAAGCACUAUUUGGACAAACUAUUGAAGGUCCUCUUGAAUUUAAAACUCUCAGAAACUCUGAUUUCCGUGAACUAACUCUUCAAGUGGAAGGUAAAACAGUGUUGAAGUUUGCGCUGUGUUACGGUUUCCAGAACCUUCAGAAUAUCGUUCGGAGGGUGAAAACGCACAAAUGCGAUUAUCAGUAUGUAGAGAUUAUGGCGUGCCCUGCAGGUUGCCUAAAUGGUGGUGGGCAGAUCAAGCCAAAGAUAGGGCAGACUCAGAAACAACUGAUCCACUCACUUGAAGCUACUUACAUGAAUGAUACUGUUUUGAGUACAGAUCCAUUCCAGAAUCCAAUAGCUAAGAGACUAUACGAUGAGUGGCUUAACGAGCCUGGUUCCAACGAGGCGAAGAAGUACAUGCACACUCAGUACCAUCCGGUCGUGAAAAGCGUUACGGCGCAGCUCAACAACUGGUAA